AACGCACAUGCUCGUACAGUACGGUGAGGUGACGUGGGUGACGUACAUAUGCUCACACUUGGUCCCGCUUCUCACCUUCGUUAAUGAUAAACUUUUGAUUUUUCUAAGCUAUUUGAGUGUAGCUGAAUUUACUCACACAGAAAUUGGGACUUUCUCAAGAAAAUACUUGAGAAAAAUGGCUGCUGCGUCAUCGAUUUCGAACGUGGAGAACUUGUCUCCGCAAAUUAUCCGAAGAGUGGCUAAAGAGAUGAACGAAUUAGCGAACGAUCCUCCCGAGGGAAUCCGAGUUAUUAUUAACGACCAGGACAUAACGGACAUUCAGGCAGUGAUCGAGGGACCUGCCGAAACUCCAUAUGCCGGCGGCUCUUUUAAAGUAAAAUUGGCUCUGGGUAAAGAUUUUCCUCAAGGACCUCCAAAGGCCUUCUUUCUUACCAAGAUAUUUCACCCGAAUGUCGCAAAAAAUGGUGAAAUCUGUGUGAAUACUUUAAAAAAGGAAUGGAAAUCAGAUCUUGGAAUUAAAUACAUCUUAUUGACUGUAAAGUGUCUAUUAAUCGUACCAAAUGCCGAGUCCGCAUUAAAUGAGGAAGCCGGUAAAUUACUUCUGGAAAGGUAUGAUGAUUACUCCGAACGAGCAAAAAUGAUGACAGAAAUUCAUGCCCAGUGUAGCAGAAAAGGAAGUAGCAAAUCAGGCCACGAGAAUGGUCCCUCGCUCUCCGAAAAUGGCGGACCUCUUCCAAAAAAACACGCAGGUGACAAAAAAUUGUCGGCGGAAAAGAAGAAAAUGCUCAGGGAUAAAAAGAGAACAUUAAAACGAUUAUAAAACCUAACCGAUAAUAGUAUUUUUUCUUUUUUGUCUGUGGAUUGAAUAUCAGUGUGCUAGAAAUGUCGGGACAUUUGACACAUUAUUAUUAACAUCAGAUGUAUAAAAUUUUCAGUAACUUAACAAACUCGACUGAUCUUAUGUGUUAAGCGGUUAGGGAAUUAUUACUUUUGAAUCAGUGAAUAUUUGCCGUAGUUUUAAGUUAAUAUGUAAGUCGUACUCCGUAUAGCUGCAGCUGCAGCACUGUCUCUAUUUAGCGAUUAAAAUCGUGACCCUUGUAUACUAGCUAAUAUUUUUUCAUUCAUGUACAGAAGAGUAUUUGUGGUCUGAUAAAUUAGAUAAUUCUUCAAACUA